AUGACAUAUGCCCUAUCAUUCACUCGCUACGCUCUUCGCGCGCGGCACCCUAAAGCCAUCAACUCGGUCACUGCCCGCGUCUCCAGCGACGAUCCGCGCGUCGACGCGGCCAUGUACGCCUAUUUGACUUUUGUCGGACCCCAGGAUACUGAGGUCCAUAGCCAGAUCUACACUGACAUGGAGCGGCAAUGGGUUGUUGGCGUUGUUCCGCGUUUCUGGGAGUUGCCUUCAAUUGAAGUGGAGACUGAGAGGGCUAUCAUCUUCUUCUACAAUGCGAUGAUGCCACAUCUGUAUCAUUAUAUCUCUGUCACUGACAAGACAACAGGCCAGACGCGUUACCACAAACAGUACAAAGGAGGUCCUUUGUGGGGCAAUGUUACGACUACCGGCGGCAAAGGGGGCAGCUCGCACUGGAGUACCUACCGAUGGCAGUUGGAGGCGUUCGUCGAUGCCGUCAGAGGCAAGACACCCACAUACUGGAUCCCCGGCGAGGAUAGCAUUUGCCAGAUGGAGUGCAUUGAUGCUUUGUAUCAAGCUGCUGGUCUACCGCACCUUGGGUGUGUUGAAUCCGCAUAG